UCCGGUCUCGGUGGUUCCCGUGGCCGGCGGCUGGAGCGGGGGGCCUCCGACUUUUGCCCAGAGCCGGCAUGGCCAGGGCGGCCUAGCCUGGGCACGGCUCCGACGCUCUGGGCGAGAGCCCCUCAGCGAUGGCGGCGCUGCAGUUGCGGUUCUGGAAACUGCCUUCGGUCUGCAGGACCCUGGAGCGGGGCUCCGCCGCCCUCUCCAGCUCCACGCCCGCGGCCAACCCCGCAGAGCAGCCGUCGGAAAACGAAGCCGUCGCCCCGGAGUUCACCAACAGGAAUCCCCGAAACCUGGAGCUCUUGGCGGUCGCCAGGAAGGAACGGGGUUGGAAGACCGUGUGGCCCUCCCGAGAGUUCUGGCACAGGUUACGAGUUAUAAGGACUCAGCACCAUGUGGAAGGGAUUGUCGAGCAUCGAAACGGCCAGGUUGUGGUUUCGGCAUCCACCCGGGAAUGGGCUAUUAAAAAGCAUCUUUACAGUACCCGGAACGUGGUGGCUUGUGAGAGCAUAGGACGAGUGCUGGCGCAGCGAUGCCUGGAGGCAGGCAUCAAUUUCAUGGUCUACCAACCAACCCCCUGGGAGGCGGCCUCAGAUUCGAUGACACGUCUACAAAAUGCCAUGACAGAAGGUGGUGUGGUACUGAAGGAGCCUCGGAGAAUCUAUGAGUAAAAAGAAGCAUUGUUUUGGACACGUGAAUACAAGAUUUACCAGCUACUGCAGCCGUGGAAAGAAAGCAUCUAGAACAACCAGCUUGGAGUUGAGAGCAAUAAUGUAACAGAGGAAGAUUAUUUGUAGUUUGGACUUCCUGGUCCCCCUCAUCUGUGUAUGGCUCUAGUGUCCUUUUUAACCAGGGCUAUUUUUUCCCCUUCCUUGGGCCUGUCAAGUGUUUGUAGAUACUUAACCUAUUGCUCAGUAUCUAAGGGAAAUGAUCACCAGUGACAGGUGAUUAGAUGGCAAAGUCGUUUGUAAGUUACAAAAUAAAGGUAUAUUAUUAAUUCUUA